AUGUCACCACCAAAUUCUACAGCCUUCGUUGUUGUUUCACCCAAGAUUCUGAUGGUGUUUGGAUUGGUCAUUUAUUUUUAUUUUGAUAUUAUCGGUUCUUUGGCUUUGUUGAUUUCCUACUAUGGGCCUUUCUCUACACGAACAAUAGCUUUGUAUCUCAACUCACCCAUUAUUGUAUUUCUUUACAUUUUGCUUGGGUCUAAUUUUCGAAACCAAAUUAUUGCAGCUGCAGAAAACCACACACAUGCAAUGCUCUUGUGGAAGUUGCGCGAUGCAGUUCUUCUUUCUUCACUUCUUCUUAUUUGGCCAGGAUUUGGAUUCGGGUACAACAAUUCAGAUGGAACAUACGCUUGGUGGUCAUGGUAUGGUUGGGGAUUUGAUGUCAUUCCAGGUCAAAAGAGGGAUGAUUCUGAAUGGAAUUUGAGUUUUUGUGGAAUAUUUGCCACUGUGUGUGGGAUGAUUUACUGUACAUCUUCAAUUUUGUUUAAUUCUGUGCCAAUUGAUGAGCUUGAUGAGCUUUUUAAUACAUAG